UUAUUGCACAUUACCAGAAUAAAGAGCUCUCUCUCGGCUGGAAUUGCCCCGUCGGACACGUCAGAUAGAACUAGGAAUUUUUCCUUGUUAUACCAGACACUUUCAACGGGAAACGAACCUCUCGACUUCCUUCAGUACGUACCUUAAAACAAGCAGGAAAAUAACCGAAACAAACCUGAAAUCCAAAGGACAAUGAGUUGGUUAUUUAUCGCCCUUACAAUACUCCUCGCCUUUUCUCAAGAAGCCACCAGUAAUCCACUGAACAGACACAGGAGGGCAUGGGAAGAUGACUGCCCCCCAGGGGUGUGGGGAUGUAAGCGCGCACUCGCAGUUGCAGAAGAAAAGAAGACCGAAGACGAUUGUCCACCUGGGGUCUGGGGCUGUAAGAGAAAUACGAUUGAGGAACGUGACGAGGAUUGCCCUCCAGGAGUCUGGGGCUGCAAGCGAGAAGUAGAAAUGAAAAGUAAUAACGACGAUGACUGCCCGCCAGGAGUCUGGGGCUGCAAACGAGGGCUGUUUGGUUCUGUGAAAAACUGGUUCAAGUCGAAAGGCAAACGCAAGCGCUCAGUAAAAGAAACCGACGAAGAUUGCCCGCCCGGAGUCUGGGGAUGCAAACGGGAAGUCAAGAAAGAAGAGCUUGGUGAGGAAGGAUGUCCUCCAGGGGUCUGGGGCUGUAAGAAGGACGUGGUCGAAAAUGAUUGUCCACCUGGGGUCUGGGGCUGUAAGAAAGAUGAGAUUGAAGACGAUUGUCCUCCAGGGGUCUGGGGCUGCAAACGAAACAAAGUUCCGAAGAAAGAGGAAGAGAAAAAGGAUGACUCAACUGCCGGUGACGAGUGUCCACCAGGGGUCUGGGGCUGUAAGAGAGAAAAUUGAUGAAGACUGUGAACUAUUAACGAGAUGAACUCACUUAAUUUUGCCUGUUUUUGAAAAGAUGUAAAAGAAGGAAAUGUUAUCACUAUCUCAACAGUCAGAACAGGUCAGCUAUAUAAAUUCCGCCUCGCUAUAUAUCGAUUUCGAUUAUUAAAGUUCUGAGUUAUUAAUGUGUACAAAAAGUAUUUUUCAGUUAUUAAGAAAUGAAGUAUGACGUUUACUAAAUGAAGUUAUAAAGCGAGAGGACUGUCGACAAAAUAAAGUUUGAAUCCUGAUGUGUCAUUA